AUGGAGGAAGCCAAGGCGAAGAACGUGUGUCACCAAAUGGAGAUCUGGAAGCAGCUUAUUGAUACGGAAUUGAAGACUGCAGCCAACUGGGAGGGGCAGUGGGGCUUUCUGAAGGGAGGAGUCUCUGGAGAUCCGCGCAAGGGCCACUCGGCUUCCAUGCCCACUCUCCCCAAGGACAAGGCAAUGGAGUACUUCACGGGCGCUCGGGUCGGGAAGCUGGAUCGCUCACAGGUCAUGAGCCAGCGUAACUUGACGCCCAAGGAGCGCUACAGUCGACAGCUGAUCACCAGCCACGAAGUGGGAUGGCGAUCCAACUUGGAGCGCUUCGGCGUCAGCCCGGGACCGGGGCUCCUGGGUCUCGGCGCCCCGCGAGUGCCAGGUCCUCCGCCAAUGAUGCCAGGACUCCGGCCUCUUGGGGGCCUGGGCCAUCCUCUGGGCCCCAAUGCGGGAACCAACGUGGGCAGCGGUGCCGCUCCAGGUCUCCUCGGCCUGCCGGAGGGCACUUUCAAGGACCCAAAUCGGUCAUUGGAUCAGAUGCGUGCUGAGGUGAGCAGGGUGGAGCAAAUCUGCAAGCAGCACGCAGCGGAAGCCAAAGCUUACGUUGGUGUGGUUGCACGGCUGAUCAAGUCCUCUGCGGCCCUUGUUGGAGCCAUCCAGGCCACGGAGCUCCCGACGAACGUCCAGAUCCUGAAGGACCAGCUUGGCAGCCUCAAGAUUGGAGAUUCCGUCGUCUUCAAAGUGGCAGAGAAUCAGCUAGGCAUCCCACAGGUGUCCUUUGCCCGGAAGCUGGAGGCCCUCACCCAGGAGCGGCAGAGGCUCCUGGAGGUAGAAGCACCUCUGCCAGUCCCUGGUACUCCGGAGUCUGACGCAGAGUAUCUCGGCUUUGUCACCAGCUUCCAGCCAGAGCUGGGCUUUGGCCUUCUGAGCUGUGCCCAGACGCGGCAGCUUUACGGCCAAGAGGUGCUCAUCCACCGCGACCAGUUCAUCGAUUUGAAUGUUAGCGAUGGUGUACAUUUCAAGGUAGCCCUCAAUGCCAACCGACAGCCUGUUGCGCGACGAGUGCGGAAGGCCGGUGGUGGUCCCGAGGCCCUACCGCCGCAGGGCCGGUCGGAGCGGUCCCGAUCCCGGAGCGUGUCGAUCUCCUCGCCGCGGCGACGGAGCCGCAGCCGGCGGCGCGACCGCAGGCGCUGA